UUAGUUACCUUUAAAUAUUUUGUGCGGCAAACCAGCUCAUUUUUGUCUCCGUUUCCUCAGAAAUGUAUAUUGUUAGACGCCUUGGAAUUAAAAGGAAUAUUUCUUAUAUCUUAUUUUUAUGUUUAAUGAUAGCAGUUUUUCUAUAUUCAUCACCAAAGAGAAAGCAUUUCAUUCCUAGACAUUUUGAUAUCAGUUGUACUCAAAAUGGAAAUAAUUCAAAGACAGCAGCUAAUUUUAAUGUACCAAUAGAUCUCGUAUACUUGUGGGUAAAUGGAAGUGAUCCAAAAUUCAUCCUAGAGUUAAAACGUCAAAAAGCUUUAGAAAAUCAUGGCAAAUACAAUAGUUCCCUAAGAUGCAGACGACAAUCAGACGCCGGAGAACACUACCACGUGAUUGUUGUUUACCCAGUGUUACAUUCAACGAAAAGUCUGUCAGGAAACGAAAACAUUGAGUUUAUUUUCAAUGUCACAGAACAAGAUAUGGUAUACAGCGUCAUUGUUCCAAAACAAUCGAAUGAAGAUAAUGACAUUAUGAGUACACUUACAAUCAUAGAAGGUCGAUCAUAUAUAAGUUUGUGUGGAUACAUUACAAAGGAAUUCUUGACAGAAGAAGGGAAAAUACUCGACAACAUGUACAUUGUUACAGUGAAACCCCGUGAUGCGUCCAUGCAGGCUUUCAAACCAAUUAUUCAAAUAACCAAAAUGCUUGGAGAGGAAGAUUCCAUAUCAACAGAUGAUAUUCAGGUUGGAAGUACAACACAAGUUCUUGUAUACGGGAAGCUCAACAACAACAGCCACUUUUUUGAUAAGACACUAAAAAACUUGAAAGGGUAUGGCCUUGAAAUUGAUCCUGCAGUUCUGGUUUGGAGUACUGAUUCUCUCGUGAUUAAAGGACUUCCACGAGCAAACAGGUUUGCAGAAAAUGAUCAACUGAAGUUUUCUUUGAGAUCGGUGGAGAAAUAUGCAUCUUGGAUACAACAUAUCUAUAUCGUCACCAAUGAUCAAACUCCUAACUGGCUUAACACAUCAAACCAUAAAAUAUCUGUGGUAAAUACAGAGAAAAUAUUUCCAAACAAGGAAGAUUUACCAACUUUUUCAUCUCCUGCUAUUGAAAGUCAUAUGCAUCGAAUUCCUGGUUUGUCAGAAACAUUUAUCUUUAUGUGUGAUGACUAUUUCUUUGGACAACCCAUCACUUUACGUGAUUUUUAUACAGAAGAGGAGGGACUUUUGAUCCAUUGGGGUAAUCGUGUAAAUCUAUGCAAUCCUUGGUGCCCUCAUACUUCCCUUGGUAACGGUAUAUGUGACAGGGCGUGUGACAAUACAAAGUGUAUGUGGGAUCAUGGUGAUUGCGGGAUUAUAACACCGGCACGGAUGAAACGAAAAUACCCCAACGGUCUGUUUUCUGGAUCGUUGUAUCAUACAAUGGGGAUGUUUAACCGGUGUAGUCAGCAAGCAACAGACACAGUGUACUACCAUGAACCUCGACAUAGUCCCUUGUUUGUGAAUAGACAUAUAGCUUUAGAUCUGGAAAAUGCGUUUCACGAAGAUUUUAAAAAAUCAUCAGCGUUCCACUUCCGGUCGCAGUUUAAUGUGCAAUAUUCUAUGGCAUAUCUACUAUAUGUGUCUUCUGCUCGUGAAGUCAUGACAACAGAAUCAAUUUUUGAUGAAAUGGACACUGACAAAUCUGGAACAGUGUCGGUUGAAGAAGAGAUGGAAUUUUUGAAUGAUAAAGGUAUUUCAAAGGCAUCAGUGACGUUUCUAAUAGAUAGUACCUUACAAUGUAGUGAUUCCAAUACAAGGAAAACAGGAGAAAAACAGCAGAUUACCAAAUCCAGGUUUACACAAUGUCCUGGAGUAAAAGAUUUUAUAAGCUGGACUGGAAUAUGGAAACCAAAAUACAAACAUACAAUUAAAUCAGACGAAAACCUUCAUUUUAUAAUGAUUACCAAUCAUAUAGGAAAGUCAAGAACAAAACUGUCAAAAUUAUCCGCAGAUCCAAGGAAAUUUAAUGCAAUAAAUGACGACAUGGAUCAUGGAAAACGGGAGUCUGUGGUAGCACAAGAACUGUUACAAAACUUCUAUGAGAAGCUAUUUCCUACUAGAUCACAGUAUGAAUUGAGGGGACCAUAAUGAUAACUUUAAUGACUACUACAGGAGAGAGAACACUACACCCGCUUUGUCAAAUCUGUCUCGUGCUCAAAAUCUUUACUUUUAUCGUUUACAACAGAUUCAUAUUUAUUUGAUCGUUUAUUUUGCAUAUAUUUUCAUUACUUUGAUUUUAAAUGUCCUUUUCAUAGAAAAUGAUAUGAAAUAUCAUCAAUGUAUUAUAAUUGAUAUCUGAUGACUGAUAUUUACAUGUACAUGUAUGUUGACAUUAUUUUUGUUUCAAAAAAGAUAUAUGAAAACUGAUCUAUGGUUUGAAUGUAUUUUUGUCGAUCAAUACUCCUAUAUUUAAAAACAAAUUAUAAAAAAUGAUAUUUAGUUUAAGAAUUUUUUCGAAAAUAUGAUAUAUGAAAACUGAUAUAUAGUUUGAAUGUCUUUUUGUCGGGAGAGAUACUAUGAACACUAAUAUUUAGUUUGAACGUCUUAUUUUUUGGAAAAAAUAUGUAUGACAACUGUUGUUCAGUUAUAAAAUCUUUUUGUCAAAAAGAUUAUAUGAAAACUGAUAUUUAGAUUGAAUGUCGUUUUGUCGAAAGAGAUAACAUGAAAACUUAUAUUUAGUUUGAAUGUCGUUUAGUCAAACAAUGUAGUAAAAAGAUAUAUGGAAAUUAAUAUAUAGUUUUAAAGUCUUCUUGUCGGGAGAGAUACAAUGAAAACUAAUAUUUAGUUUGAAUGUCUUCUUUUUCGAAAAAAAUAUAUAUGAAAACUGUUAUUUAGUUUUGAAAUCUUGUCGAAAAAAGAUUCUAUGGAAACUGACAUUUAGUUUGAAUGUCGUUUUAUUGAAAGAGAUAACAUACAUGAAAAGUGAUAUUUAGUUUGAAUGUCAUUUUAUCGAUGAAAGGUACAAUGAAAACUAAUAUUCAGUUCGAAAGUCUUUUUGUCGAAAAAAGAAACUAUGAAAACUGAUAUUUGGUUUGAAUUUUUUUUUGCCGAAAAGGAUAAAUGAAAACUGAUUUAGUUUGAAAGUCUUCGUGUCAAAAAAAGAUUCUAUGAAAACUGAGAUUUAGUUUGAAUGUCGUUUUGUCGAAAGGAGGCUACGAAAACUAAUAUCUAGUUUGAAAUUUCGUUUUGUCAAAAAAUAUUCUAUGAAAACAACUGAUAUUCAGUUUAAAAGUCUAUGUCGAACAAUACUCGUAUGCUCAAAACUAUAUGAUGUAAACAGAUAUUUAGUUUAAAUGUCUUUUUGUCGAGAAAGACAAAUGAAAACUGAAAAAUCAGUUUGAUUGUUUUUAUUAGAAAAAUAUUAUUUAUAGGUUAUUGAAAAUUGUUAUUUUGUCUGAAUGUCAUUUUGUCAAACAACGUAUUUUAAAGAUAUAUGAAAUUUUAUAUUUACUUUGAAUGUCUUUUUGGCCAAGAAUAUGUUAAAAGAAAAUAUACCGAAGCUAAUAUGUGAACGUCUUUGUUGAUACAAUAUAUCUUAGAUGAUAAAUAGUGAUACAGAUAUCUACAUAAACAUAAUUCAAAAUUGUUUGACUUUAAAUAUUCUUCAAUACGAAUGCUAUUUACUUCAUCAAAAAUUAAAACAUAGUUUUAUAAAUAUGUUGUAAGUUCCAUUGUAGUGUUAUUUAAAAAUAUUUAUCGUUAUAAUAUAUAAAUAUUCACUUUUGUCUGUUCUUUUCCUCGGAAACAUCUUUUUGUUAUGUUUGAAUGUCAUUCUUACAACAAUUUUUUUCAAAAUUGAUAUACAUGUAACACAUUUUACUCGAUUAUGAUAAAGGUGCAAAGCUUUUUUUAAGCAGCUCUCAAGUCCGCUCCCAGGGCCGAAAGUCAGACAGUAGACCACCAUUCUAACAUUUUGUUAUUAUUUGGCGAUAUUAUGACACCUGUUUGUAUAUAUGCUAUUUGUGUUGUCCUAAGAUAAAAGGUUUUGUCACUGAAAUGAACGCUAUGUUCAAUUGAUUUGAUCUGUAUAAAAGACACAAUUAUUCCGGGGAUGCUUUGCUUCAUGUUUGAAUAAUAUUUUGCCUGUAUUCUAUAACUUGCAUAUCUUUCACUUUCCUAUAAAAACAUGCUUAAAAAGGUUAUGAAUCUAGUUCGAAUCUUAAUUAACAUUUAUUGUAUAUUUUUCGCUGAUAUCAAAGCGGAAUAUCCGUUAUGUCUUGUCUUGUUUAUUUAAAAACAUGAUGUUGAUGCAUUUGAUGUCUAUCUGUAUAUGAUGUAUUUAUGCAUAAUGUAUUUUAUAUUUGCCAGAGUAAAUAUUAAAUCUUUAAG